CCCCUAUAAAUACCCUUUCAAGACUCACACUUUUCCAUCAUAACAUUUAUUUAGCAUUAAUUCAUCUCCUUAGUCUUUGUAUUCACACAUAUUCUAUAUAUUUAACACACUCAAAAACACAUAUUCUACCAAGAAAGAUGGAGAACUUCCCAAUUAUCCACUUGGAAAAGCUCAAUGGUUCUGAGAGAUCCAACACCAUGGAAAUGAUUAAAGAUGCAUGUGAGAACUGGGGCUUCUUUGAGUUGGUGAACCAUGGGAUUCCACAUGAAGUUAUGGACACUGUAGAGAAACUGACAAAGGGACAUUACAAGAAGUGCAUGGAACAGAGGUUCAAAGAAUUGGUGGCCAGCAAGGGUCUUGAAGCAGUGCAAGCAGAGGUUACUAAUUUGGAUUGGGAAAGCACUUUCUUCUUGCGCCAUCUUCCUGCUUCUAACAUCUCUCAAGUACCCGAUCUUGAUGACGAAUACAGAGAGGUCAUGAGAGAUUUUGCUAAAAGACUGGAGAAGUUGGCUGAGGAAUUACUGGACUUGCUAUGUGAAAACCUUGGUCUUGAAAAAGGCUACCUGAAAAAAGCUUUUUAUGGGACAAAAGGUCCCAACUUUGGAACCAAGGUAAGCAACUAUCCACCAUGCCCCAAGCCCGAUUUGAUAAAGGGACUCCGCGCUCACACAGAUGCUGGUGGCAUCAUACUUCUUCUUCAAGACGACAAAGUGAGCGGCCUCCAACUCCUCAAAGACGACCAAUGGAUCGAUGUUCCUCCCAUGCGCCACUCUAUUGUGGUUAACCUAGGCGACCAACUUGAGGUGAUCACCAAUGGGAAAUACAGGAGUGUGAUGCAUAGAGUGAUUGCCCAAACAGACGGGACUAGGAUGUCACUAGCUUCAUUUUAUAACCCAGGAAACGAUGCAAUGAUUUAUCCAGCACCAGCUUUGGUGGAAAAAGAAGCAGAGGAAAGCAAACAAGUUUAUCCGAGGUUCAUGUUUGAUGAUUACAUGAAGUUAUAUGCCGGACUCAAGUUUCAGGCCAAAGAGCCAAGGUUUGAAGCCAUGAAGGCCAUGGAAGCUGAUGUGAAGGUUGAUCCAGUUGCAAGUGCUUAAAUUCAAAAUUCAAGAGGAGGGAUAUGGAACUUGAAAAGGAAAUAAUUCUGUUCUUGAUGUUUUACAAAAGUAGCUAAACACAUCACUACUUCUUUAGUGUUGUCGAAUCAUACAAGAGAGGGUAUCUGUCUGUGCUGCUUAUAUUAGCAAGGGUCCUAAAGUUUGUUUCUAAAAAUAAUCUGAUAAAAUAAAGCUACGUUUAAGUGA